AUGAGUUUGAUGGGUAAAAUUACAUAUUUCUUGGAUCUUCGAAUCAAGAAGCUUAAGGAUGGAAUUUUCAUUUCUCAAAGAAAAUAUGCUAAAAACCUGUUUAAAAGGUUUGUGCUUGAAAAGGCUUAUACAAAGAGACCUUCUGCUCCCACUCAUGUUAAAAUGUCCAAAGACUCUAAUGGACCUUGCGUUGAUAAGAGCUUGUGUCGAAACUUUAUUGAGAGUUUACUUUAUGUCACUACAAGUAGGCUUGACAUUGUAUUUGCUGCAGGAGUCUAUGCGAGAUAUCAAGCAAAGCCAAACGCGAGUCAUCUAUUGAGUGUUAAACAGAUCAUGAAAUAUAUUCGUGGUAGAUCUUUAAAUGUAUUAUCAAAUUUCAUUCCAUCUGGUGAGGUGAAUGAUUCAGAAGAUGUUGAUAAAGAAGUGAGUCAAGAGGUUUCUGAUCAAGAGGAUGAGAAGAGCAGCUCGAGUAAAGAGGGUUUGGGGAUGAUGCUCAAAAUGUUUUGUCUGAUAAAAGCCAGGAGAAUGAAAAUUCUUGUGAAAAGGAAGAUGGAAGAGAUAACUUACCUUACUUGUGAAAAGGAGUCCUUGAAAAAGAAAAAGUUACCAUCUACAAAGAACAUUCUCCCUAAUCGGGCGAGUUGA